UAUGUUGUACUGUUAAGUUUAUGCGCAUAAUCAUUUUUAGAUAUGGAUCUUGUUGCAGAAAUGCGUAUAAUUCGUCAGCGUAAGACAGCAAAUCUUCAGUAAGGAAAAGUUCAAAAUACAAAGUCGAUCGAACGAUGCGUGUGUGAUCGGUGUGAUCCGUUAGAUCACGCUUAAUUCUUUUCAGUUUGUUAUGUUACAUACAGUCAGCCUUCUCACGCUAUCUCCCCACCUACAUUAACCACACUGAACGUAAUCGACCACUGACAGUUUCUUAAUCAUUUAUGAAAGAAGAGAAGAAAAAAAUCAGCUGUAACUGAAUGUCCCAUCAAAACGUGUCCACUCUUUCAGGAAAUUUCUUGUGUGUUAUUUAUCAUGAAUCAUUCAUGGAAAAAUGUAAAGAAUUUAAUUUUCUAAUACGUUUCAUCUUUCUAAUUGAAAAAAACACGACAGUUUAAACAAUUUCGAGAAGAUUUUAUGCGCAGAAUCGAGGAGCUCUGGUAUCAUCAUGGCUGAACGAAUCGACACUGGUAGACAUAGCCUGCCGGAAGUGAUAAAGCGACCAGGAACAACAGGAUCAAUGCAGGGAUACCUCUACGAGACUAAAUUAUUCAUGUCUGUUUUGCACCACGCCAUAAUGGCCAAAGUGGAACCAUUCCACAUGGCGUCAAAUGUUGAUAAAAUAGGUGCAUUUGACGAUUUGGUUUUUCUAGAUGAUACAAAACGGGGCUUGUUUUUGCAAGCUAAGCAUAGUAGCAGCAAGGACAAAAGGAUUAACGAUCACGCCUUACUAAGAGAAAAAGGUGAUUUCAGCCUAUCUAAAUAUGUUGUGAGUUAUCAACAGAUCAGAAAUGAAUUCAAGAACAUGGAAAUCACUUGUGUGUUAUACACCAACAGUGCUGAGGAUUUAGACGGUGAUAGAAAACAAAAUGUUGUGAAAUUUUCGAAUGACGGCUAUAAUUUAAGAGAGAGGCCAGUGAAUGUGGAAGAUCUGCUUCCUACUAAACCUGGAGGAAAAAAAUUCCAACUGGCAGAAGCAUUCUAUUUGUACCAUACAGCGGAAAGUGUUGCUGAACAGCGAAUUCGUUGUCUGGCUGCUAAAUUAAUCGGUUUAGCUACGAGUGAUAACGCAUUGUCAGAUAACGAUAUUAAGAGAUAUCGAAACAUAUUGGCCGAAGAGGUAAUCAGUGUGAAAACAAAAAAGAUUAAACCUGAUUUUUUUAAAAAGCAAAAAAAAUUGUGGAGAGUAUUGAGGGAAUCUAUGCAGAGAAAAGCAUUGUUCGAUAUUCCUCCGAAAUUAAACCAGAAGGAGAAAAUUGUUCUACUUGAAAGUAUAGCCAAAAAACCGACAGUUGAAAAUAUUAGUAAGUUGAUAUUAGUGGAGGUAGAAUAUAAUACAGAUGACGAGCGAUUGGAGAUAACGAAUGACAUUUCAAAAUGGCCAAACGUGUCAGAAGAAAGAGUGCAAAAAAUAAAAAGUCGGUUUACAACGUCGCAUAUCCCGAAAGGAGUAAUUGAUUGUGCCUUAGAUAUGGCCGGAAGAAAACGGUUGGAAUCUCUUUCAUUCAAACAUUUUUCUGCUACCAGCGAGCAUGAUCCUGGCGUUAGCCAAGAACAACACGAAAGACUUGCAAUAAAUUUCAUAAAGGCAAUCCAGUAUGCCAAGAAUGACAAGAUACCAAUAAGUCAACUGUUGAAUGGCGUUCACUUGGAUAACAUCAAUGUGAUCAUAGGCAGUUUGCUUAGCUUGGACCCGAAAAGUCAGGUCUAUAAACUUAAUCCCAACUCAGGAAAGUGGAAAACGCUCCGAGAACGAUUGCCUACAAGGCAAGCAAAAAUUCGGUUCAUAAAUAAUGUGUCCGGUUUUCCACUCAUUAUCGAAGAAGAUAAGCAGAUUGCCAAGGAAUUCCUCGAAAAGUUUUGGUUCUACGUUGGACAACCAAAACAGAAUGAAUUGGAGAAUAAAUUGAUACGUGAAUUGCAUGAAGAGUAUUCAACAAGUAACAAGUUUGAAGCCAGUAACAUUAUGCGCAAUGUUCACAGUGAAAUUCAACGCUGGUGGCUGACUCCAUCAACCGAGAACGAUCCCUGCAAGGGAUGGCUUUCUAACGAAUGUAAAUAUUUCGAGGAAGCAAAAACAAAAGUUAACAAAGCACCGACGACAGCCAUUCUGGACGGGCUUUCCAGAAGGGAUAUGGUAAAUUCAAAUAUGUUCGUGUUUUCAGCCGAAGCUUUGAGGAACUUAGGAUUGGAGGGUUUUUCUAAUGGUGUUCGAAACAUUGUGACUGAUCAGAUUCCACUUACUGGAUUAAAAUUAUUUCAAAUUUUUGGAAAAGAUAGUGAUUACACUUUUGUGAAGUGGAAUGAUGUUAUAGCGAUGAAAUGCAUGGAUAAGCUUCUAGAGGAACUUGAAGACGUCAAAUUAUCACCGAUAAUCGUAAUUGAUAAUGUUAAGGAUUUCUGCCUGAAUUGUUCUUUAUUUAAAAAGUGCAUUUUAGUUAGUCAGAAAGCUGUAUUCAGUGGUUCUAUAGUAUAUGAUAAAUUGGACGGUUUGAGCGACUUGACUGGCGACUCCCAACGGCAAGUUUUAGCCCGUGAAAAAGUAUUUUUUCAGGAUGUGAGAGUUUCUCUCAAGAGUUUAAUAUUGACUCCAGAUCUUAGGAAAGCUAUUGAUUCAACUACGCUUUCUAUUUUACUGGCCAAAAAAGAAAUAAAACUUGGAAAAACACCAGCUGAAGAUGUUCAGGAUUAUUACGUGAGGCGCGUUUUGCUGCGACAGACGAUCGUCGCGAAUUUUACCAGCUACCCGUAUUUUUUCCUCGCUAAAUCAAGUGAUUUUAAAAGCAACGAGUUAGCGAUCAAAUCCGAUAUAGUGACAAUAGACGAAACCGAUCAAGUAUUCCGAACUUUAGUUAAAAAAUUCAAUGAUCGAAAUAUUCACUGGCUAAAGAACGUCGGAGGCUACUUGCUGUGGCAAAAGUCUCAUGGCAGCAUGAAGAAGCUUCGUAGCGUUAGUGUACAAGUAGCGGAGUUUCAUCCUGAGACCGACAGGCUGGAUUCGGUAACGCUGAUAGCUGCAGAGCCGGGUAUGGGGAAGUCUACGUUAUUUUCCUACCUCGCAAAAACAAUAAAACAAAAGACACCCACAAGUUGGGUGGCGAAUAUAUGUUUGCAUGAUCAUUCAACAGUUUUUCAAGAAUGGUUAAAUAGUGGCACCGCUGUCACGAAGGAAACUAUAAAACAAUUUUUGUUUAAUACCGUAAGGAUACACAAACACGAGAAGGAGCUUAAAUUGACCGGGCCGGCGCGUUUGGAGAAGGAAUUAUUCGAUCAUUUGUAUAAGGAAAGGAAGAUUAUUAUAUUUCUUGACGGUUACGACGAAAUCAGUCCUAACUAUGAACAACAAGCGUUCCAACUGUUGGACACCUUGAAAAGCCACAACAUGAGUGGCGUAUGGAUUUCAACUCGACCAAACCAUCAGUACAAGUUAGAGGAACAACUAGGUACGUUUGCCUUAAAGCUGAAACCAUUCACGGAAAAAGAUCAAAAGCAAUUUCUACAAAAGUUUUUUAAAACUAACAGUACGACGUGUGCUUUGAAAGCUAAUCAGUUAGAUGCACUUUGCGAAGAAAUUUUAUCGCAGUUUUCUCGUACAAUCGACGACCAGCGUGCGGAGUUUGUAAGAAUUCCUUUGCAACUGAAAAUGGUCGCCAAAGUUUUAACCAAAUGGAAGGAUGAAAGUUCAGGAACGAAAAACAGAGCAAUGAAUCUGAUCGAUUUAUACGACGAGUUUUUCCGUAUUAAAGUCGUGGAGGUUUUAAAUUUGGAAAAAGAAGGCUUAAAGGAUCCGAACAACUCGAGAGCGUCAGUAAACAUGAUGAAUCAGUUUGAAACGCUACUGAAUGUGGCGAAACGAAAUCACCAGAUAUUAGCGGCAUUCUCGCUUCUUGAUGAACAGAUACGUGAAGAAUUUCUUUCUCCGCAGGAGCUUUUAGAGGGCAACAGUCUACUUAGGGAAAUAGCUGAUUCCAAGGAAAAGACCGGUAUCGUUUACCGCAUCGAGUACCGGCAGCCAUUUUUCGUUCAUCAAACUUUUGCUGAAUACUUUCUUGUUAUUUGCCUUUGGGAAAAGUUAAAUGCGCCGGAGGAAAACGCGUCGAUCAGCAGUAUAGUGGAUAAGUUUAUGCGAAACGAUAAGGUGCAAAUUUGUCACUUUUUACAACAGAAAGCUAUAAAAGAGAUUACCCAAACGAAAGUGUUACUUCGUAUUUGCAGAAUUAUAAUUUGUCGCAGUGUUCUACAUCCAAAGCGGAACGCAAUGAAAAUAUUGAUUGGAAUAGUUGAUUCGUUCAUAUCUUCGAUUAACUUAACUGAAUGUGAUAAGUUAUUAAGUUCAAUAUUUCAAGAUCUAAGGCCUGAUGAACGCGAGUUGCUGUUUUGUGUUGCUGUAAAAAUGGACUACAUAAAUUUAGUGGAAUAUUUUGAGCACACUAUCGAAGGUUGGAAUGUGAAUGCUACCUACAGGGAUCGCAACUUCACGAACUAUGGUGACAAUGAACUGACAGCCCUACACAUUGCAUCCCGAGAAGGUUUCGUGCAAUUGGUCAAGCAUUUUGCUGAGAAAGGAGCGCAUAUUGACGCCAUUUCAAGCAGGGGAAAAUCGGCGCUAAUUUUUGCAUCUCAAUAUGGCCGAUCUGAAACCGUGCGAUGGUUGCUUAAGCAUACAAAAUUCAUCAACAUUGCUACAUCAGAUAAAUGGACAGCAUUGCACUUUGCUGCACGAAACGGCGAUAUAGAAAUUAUCACUCAACUGGUUAAGGCGGGAGUAAAUGUUGAUGCUGUUGCCCCAAACAAUGGUACUGCUUUAAUGGUUGCGAUAGAUUCAGGUCACAUCGCUGCUGCAGAAUACUUGCUGACGGUUACUAAAAAUAUUACUGCUGCUGAAACUGGAGAUGGCUAUACCGCGUUACAUUAUGCCGCGAAUAAAGGCCAAACUAAAAUCGUCCAACAGCUGGUUGAUUUAGGAGUGGACGUAGAUAGUGCCACCAGCUCUGAAUAUGACGACGGAGAAACAGCGUUACAUUGUGCAGCAUCAGGUGGCCACCUUGGAGUCCUAAGCCAGUUGAUCGCACUCGGAGCGAAUCCUGAUAUCACAACGGAAUCCGGUGAAACUGCGCUGAUGCUUUCGUUGACAAAUGGAUAUCCACUUGCUGCGAAAUAUCUGAUGACAGAAACUUUGAACCUUGCUGCUGUGGAUUCCUCUGGAAAUACAGCGUUACAUUUGGCAGCAAGUAGUGGCUACCUUGAGCUGGUUAAGCAGUUGAUCACUAAAGGAGCAAUGGUUGAUCAAAGGAUCGCUAGAACUAAGACUGCGUUUAAGCCUCCUUCAUAUGAAAAUUUAUUGAAAGAAAAUUUGAACAUCGACGCUGUAGAUGACGAGGGGCAGACAGCGUUGCAUUUGGCUGCAGAAAGUGGCCACACUGCCAUCAUUAAACUGUUGGUCGCUGCAAAAGCAAACGUUGAUGCUUCAAAUGCGUCCAAAAGAACUGCGCUGAUGCUUUCAUCAUACGAGGGCCACCCGGAUGCUGUAGAAUAUCUGAUCACGAAAACUAUCAAUGUUGAUGCUGUGGACUCGUACGGACAGACCGCAUUACAUCUUGCAGCUAGUUGUGGCCACUUUGUAGUCCACGAUUGGUGCUAUAAUGAAGAAGAGUAUCUGGCCGUUGCUGGAAGUAAAAAACCUGCUUAUUCUGCAGUAGUGAAACUUCUUUUAACAAAAAAUCCAAACCUGGAGGCGGCAGACUUCGAUGGGUUAACAGCUUUACAUUUGGCAGUAAAAAGCGAUCACCUCCAAAUUGUUACACAGUUGAUCGCAGCAGGAGCGAGAAUCAAUGCUAGAGGUGGAUUUGAGCAAACAGCAUUACAUUUGGCUGUUAAGACAGGCCGCGUCGCGAUCUUACAAAGGCUACUUGAAGCAGGAGCGGACACCAAUGUUACUACAGAUGGCUAUACUGCCUUAAUGCUUGCUAUAUAUUGGGAGAAAACUGAAGCUGCUAACUGGUUGUUAACGAAAACCACGAAUAUCAACGCCGUCGGUUCCGAUGGAAAGACGACAUUAUAUUUGGCUGCCGAGAAAGGUUUCAUCGAUAUUAUGCAAAAGUUACUUAAAGCAGGGGCGGACGUCAAUGCUAAUAGUUGUGAAGGAUAUACUGCCCUAAUGAUUGCCUUAUAUUUUGGGCAUAUUGACGCUGCCGAAUGGUUAUUGUCGAAGACGGCGACUGUUAACGCCGUAAAUUCCGUUGGCAAAACGGCAUUAUAUUACGCUGUAAAAAUAGGCCACAUUGGGAUCAUACAAAGGUUGCUCGAGGCAGGCGCGGAUGUUGACACUACACUCGGUGAAGGCUUUACUGUUUUGAUGAUUGCUAUAUCUCUAAAGCAUACUGAAGUUGCCACAUAUUUGCUGUCGAAGACCAGGAAUAUUAACGCCGCUUGUGGUGAUGGAAAUACGGCAUUACAUUAUGCUGCGAAGAAGGGUCAAAUUCAAAUCAUACAACAGUUAAUUCAAAGAGGUGCGAAAGUUGAUGCCACCAAUAAAGACGGUGACACUGCGUUGAUGGUUGCUAUAAAGUUGGGCCAUACUGACACUGCAGAAUAUCUGCGUACAUGUGACCAGAGAAGCCAACGGUCCAGUUUCAACUGGAUUCUUCCAUCCUUUUUUAAAUCUAAAAGGUAAACCUCAACAUCUUUCAGUUUUUGAUGAGUUUGGAGGUUUUCAGUUGACGACGGCAUCAUGACAUUCGCGAAAACGAAGGAGCUGAUAUUUGUUUGGUUUUUGCAUGAGAAAAAGAAGGAAGGAAAUAUUUUUACUUUUGUCAUCACACACAUUUUGACAGAAAAAUAUUUACAGUUAGGUUUAGUUUGAAGCUGACACAGGCUUGUUAAUAAAAUAAUGCCUGAACGCGUAACGAUAAGUAGAUAAUGAAAAUACAAUGAGGUUCUACUUCACCUUACCAAACCAGAUCCUAUAAAGAUUCAAUGAUAGAUUAAUCUGUGAUAUAAAUAAAAUUGAUCCUAAAAACUAUACUUUACGAAAAACUCUUUAAUGUGACUCCUUACGCGUUUCUAUUAAACAAGAUGUUCAAGCAUGGCUAUUAACUUUAAAGCACAAAUAAUUCCACCUAGCGGUGAGACCUAGCAUUUCUCAUUCGAACUUUAUUAUCAUUUGAAAUGGUUAAAACAGAUUUUCACAAUCACUUCAAUUUGUAGAACGAAAAUUCACAUCUAAUUAGCUGCCGGUAACCGCAAGUCAGUCCCAUCUGUAAUUUUGUCAAUUUUGAGUUAGCAUCGGAUUUUGGCCUAGCUUUGGGUAUAUUUUCAGAUGUAACGAUAAAAAAUAGUGGUUUGUUCAACAAAAGUGGAAAUCAAUACCCAGUCGAAUUGUCCCAUUAUGCAAAAUAACCGCAAGUCAGUCCCAGAAGAAAAAUAACCGAAAGUCGGUACCGAUUUACAAAAAAAAAACAUGCAUAAUACGACAGUAAGAUGGAUGGGGAGUGGAGAAAA